AUGGAGCAGCUUACGCUGUAUUUGGGUCACUUCCUCUUCCACGAGUCUUUUCCCGACAGUGAGGUGAACACGCCGCCAAGCGUGGGCGACUGGCUGAAUUUCUUCCAAAUCUGGGUCCUCCUUUUUGGGAGCACAACAACAUUCGCAGUUGCAAUCUGGCAUCCGCCCAGCCGUGCAAUCGAAAAAUCUAUUGUCAUUCUCGCCUAUAUUGCCUGCGCCUACGGUUCCUUCCUCCCGAUCAUCCCGUACUUUUGGAAGCCUAAGUCCGGAACAGGCCAACUCGGCCCUGAUAUGUUCCUCGCAGCGCACGCUCACUGCGUGAACUGGUUCGUCACUGCCGGUAUCUUUCCACUGUCGCUUCUCUUCGAGUGGUUUGCUCUACGGGGCCAUCCCGUUCCUGGCGGCUUAAGCAUCAAGGGACUGGCCAUCCAGGCGGUGGUGUUUAUUUUGAUGGGUAUCUCCUGGACUUGGAGGAUGACAAUCAACGAUGUGACCUGGGUGGAGUGGUACGAGUUCGUCGGCUAUCCCGCCGUGGAUAAUUUCCUAUUCGGCGUGGUUCAGGCUCUCUUGUUGGCGUACGUAACUUGGUGGAGGGCUCCGAAUGCGGAGGGAGCAGCACAGGAACACGGGGCUCCAGGCGAGACUAGCCCCCUCCUUCCUAACUGA